UAUAGAUGAAGUAUAUACUAAUCCAUUAACCCGACAGUUAGUUGAACACAUUUCCAAAAAUAUGAACAUUAAGUUCAAAUAGUAUGAGCAUAUGUUUCAAAAAUAAUGAGCAAUUACUGCAAAAUUACGAACAUAGAAACCAUAUAUUCAUAUAGUAUGAACAUGUACAUGUUCGGAAUUUGAAAACUAAUAGUUUAGUUGGAAUAACAAUGCGCAUCGUAAUCUCAGGUGCAUGAUAUAAUAAUUGUGUAAUACGGAGUAACUACCAAAACCCACCCAUCCAAUUAAGUUAUAAGCUCAUUUAUACUUCGUAUAAAAGUACCAAAUUGUCAUGAACUGUAUCGAUGAUUGACAGUAAAAUGCAUAAACAUAAUAAAUAAAUCUGCUGGCUACUUUUAUUAGUUGUUAACUUAUUACUUUGUAUUAACUAUUAAGCCUUUGAUGCAUAUUUUUGAUGCAUUGUUGUGCAACCCCUUAUGAAGAUCACCUCCUCUUGAAGUCUUGAUUAUCUAUACAAUAAGUACUCCCUCCGUUUCAUAAAAAUAUUCGAGUAAUAAAUAGUGCUAUUCCAUGAUGAUUCAGUGUUAUAAUACUUUGAUUAGUUUGUAGCUUUUAUCUCCAUUAUGACCAAGUUAUGCACUUCAAACCAAAUCUUUCACCAUUCUCUUUCAAUUUACUACAAAAACCCAUCUCUCUGUUUUUCUACUGCACACAAAAACUCAUCUCAGAAAACCCAAAACCUUUCAUACUCAAACAAUGCAUUGCACUUUUGCAAUCAUCUACUUCUUCCAAUCACAAACUCAAACAAAUUCAUGCUUUUUCUAUCAAACAUGGUGUCCCAUUAAACAACCCUCUACUUGCCAAACACCUAAUCUUCUUCUCUGUUUCUCUUUCCAAAUCCAUGAAUUAUGCCCAGAAAAUCUUCUCCCAAAUUCAAACCCCUAAUAUUUUCACCUGGAAUACCAUGAUUAGAGGCUAUGCUUUCAGUGAAAACCCUAGACCAGCCAUUGAUUUGUAUACCCAGAUGAGAGCAGUUCAUCUUGUUGAGCCAGAUACACAUAUUUACCCUUUUCUAUUGAAGGCAAUUUCUAAGUUACUGGAUGUAAAGUUGGGGGAAAAGGUGCAUUGUGUUGUAAUUAAAACUGGGUUUGAAUCUUUGGUUUAUGUGCAAAAUGGGUUGGUGCAUUUGUAUGCUACUUGUGAAUACCCUGAUAGUGCAUACAAGGUGUUUGAUAAAAUGUCUGUUAGAAAUCUUGUGACUUGGAAUUCUGUGAUUAAUGGGUUUGCUUUGAAUGGGAAGCCUCAUGAAGUUCUGGAUUUCUUUAGGAAGAUGAGCUUGAAGGGUAUUGAGCCUGAUGGAUUUACAAUGGUGAGCUUGUUAUGUGCUUGCGCCGAGCUCGGUGCAUUGGCAUUAGGUAGGAGAGUACAUGUUUACAUGUUUAAGGUUGGCUUGAAUGAGAAUUUGCACGCAGUAAACGCGCUUUUGGAUUUUUAUGCAAAAUGUGGAAGAAUUAGGGAAGCCGAAAUGGUUUUCGAUGAGAUGAGAGAAAGAAGUGUGGUAUCUUGGACAUCUUUGAUUGUUGGGUUAGCUGUGAAUGGGUUUGGAAGUGAAGCAAUUCGGCUUUUUGAGGAGAUGGAAGUGCAAGAACUGGCACCAACUGAUAUCACCUUAGUUGGAGUCUUGUAUGCUUGUAGUCACUGUGGAAUGGUGGAUAAAGGAUUUGAUUAUUUCAAUCAGAUGAAAGAUAGGUAUGGAAGUACGGCGAGGAUUGAGCAUUAUGGUUGUAUGGUUGAUCUACUUGGUAGAGCAGGAAAGGUGAAAGAAGCAUAUGAAUUCAUUAAAGACAUGCCAAUGCAAUCAAAUGCUGUUAUUUGGAGGACAUUAUUAGGUGCAUGCUCACUGCAUGGGCAUCUAGCUCUUGCACAAACUGCAAGGUCCAAACUUUUAGAUUUAGACCCUAAGCAUUGUGGCGAUUAUGUGCUUCUUUCGAAUCUCUAUGCAUCCGAGCAUCGUUGGACUGAUGUCCAGCAACUGAGGGCCAAAAUGGUAGAGGAAGGAGUUAGGAAAACACCGGGAUUCAGCCUUGUCGAGUUGAGGAAUCGUGUUCAUGAGUUUGUUAUGGGAGAUCGAUCUCAUCCUCAGGACAAAGAGAUAUACGCGAUGUUAAGAGAGAUCACAAAGGUUCUAAGAUUGGAGGGCUAUGUGCCUCACACAGUGAAUGUGCUAGCUGACAUUGAGGAGGAAGAAAAAGAGACUGCCUUGACAUAUCACAGUGAAAAGAUUGCUAUUGCUUUUAUGCUCAUUAAUUCUCUGCCUGGAACUCCAAUAACAGUAAUCAAGAACCUAAGGGUGUGUGCUGAUUGCCAUCUUGCUAUCAAGCUCAUAUCCAAGAUUUUCGAUCGUGAAAUCGUUGUUAGGGAUCGAAGUAGAUUCCAUCAUUUCAAACAUGGAUCUUGUUCUUGUAGAGAUUAUUGGUGAUCAUUUGUUAGACAUGAAAUUAUUUCGGUACUUUUUUUUUUGGCCCUUUAGAUAUGUCAAAUGUCAAUAUUCAAUGUGGAAUUAUUCAUUUGUAAACUUAGAUCAAAUAGGUUAACUGGUUAAGGUCAUCUAUUGACAAUUCUUGUGACAAAGUUAUAAAUUUUGUUAUAUCUGCCAUAUAGAGAUGGUAAAGUUUGAGAUUUUUUUUAAUUAUUAUUUUCAAACUUUCAAAAUUUUAAUACCAAAACUAUGAUUUGACAAAAACUUUCAAUUUUCAUAAAUUAGUCUUAGAUAAGGCCAUCUAAGGUCUAUCUUUAAAUAGUCGCGAGAGAAUGAGGGAUGAAUAAUCCCCCAUCUGUCCUCGGUGUGACCUAGAUUCAAUUCUCGCCCCACCCCUUCCACGUUAGGAGGGGCACCUCUCGUAUGUUACCGUAUACGGAGUAAAAAAAAAACCUUUACAUAAUUGCGAGACAUUAAAAAGAUACUUUUUU